AUGCCAUUCCAAGGAAAUCAUUCCAUGGUGCAAGAGUUUGUCCUGCUGGGUCUCUCCCAAGUCAGGGAGGUCCAGAUCUUCCUCUUCUUCCUCUUCCUCCUCUUCUACUCACUGAUCCUGCCAGGAAACAUCUUGAUCAUUGUGACCAUUUCGAAUGACCCCCAUUUAAGUGCACCCAUGUACUUCUUCUUGGCCAGCUUGGCUUUCUUGGAUAUCUGCUACUGCUCCGUCACACCUCCUAAGAUGCUGUCUGACUUCUUCUCCAGCCACAAGACUAUUUCUUAUCAGGGAUGCUUGGCCCAGAUCUUCUUCCUCCAUUGGCUAGGAGGCUCUGAGAUCAUGCUUCUCGUUGCCAUGGCCAUCGAUCGCUACAUCGCUAUUUGUCAUCCCUUGCGUUAUUCCCGCCUAAUCACCCAAGUUGCAUGCAGCCUUUUGGUCCUGGCUUCUUGCUUCCUAGGGUUCGUGCACUCCAUUAUCCAGAUUGCCCUUCUCAUGCCUCUCCCUUUCUGUGGACCCAAUGAACUGGACAACUUCUUCUGUGACAUCAUCCAGAUCAUCAAUCUGGCUUGCACUGACACAUACACUCUGACAUACAUCAUGUUCUUCAACAGCGGCCUCUCUAUUGUGAUGUGUUUCAUCCUCCUGCUCAUUUCCUAUGCGAUCCUUUUGGUUAAGGUGAGGAUGGGAACUGGUCAGGGGAAGAACAAGGCUGCCUCCACAUGUGUUACCCAUAUCAUCAUUGUCUUUGUAAUGUUUGGCCCUGCCAUCUACAUCUACUGCCGACCCUUCCAGGAUUUCUCCCUUGACAAAGUGGUGGCUGUUUUCCAUACAGUGGUCUUCCCUUUAAUGAAUCCCAUGAUCUACACAAUGAGUAACAAGGAAAUAAAACGGGCUGUUGUGAAGAUGUUGGGCAAACACUGCCAUUGCGGAUAUAUAAUGAAGGGGAGCCAGUAGUAAAGGUUUAUGAAGAAGAAAGUUGGCCUCUAGGGUAAGUCUAGGGUAAAUAUUAAAAUGUGUUAGAUUGAAGAUGGAGCCAACUUAUUUUUGCUGCUUCACAAACUAGGACAUAGAACAAUGGAUUCAAACUACAGGAAAGGAUAUUUCACCCCAACAUUAGGAACAAGCUCCUUAUAAUAAGAUCUGUGAUUCUUUCACAUGUUUCAUGGUUAGCUUCAUUUCCUCUGCUGGUCAAAAUGAAGUCCAGCAAGAGCAAAGUGAGAAGUUUUGGAAAAUGGAAAUCUCCAUAACCUUUUGGAGAUGUUAUGAUCUUUGGAAAGGCAUGACCUUGUCAGAAGUCACAACAUUUUGACAAGAUAUGCCAAUGCACAAAACACACAUAUAUAGCAGAGCUUCAGAAGUGUUCUUUUAGUUGCUCAAAAACAUCUACUCUCCCUUAAAAUAUAUUUGCCUUUAAAUCAUGCUCUCAAGAGGCAAAAAUAAGAAGACUUCUUUAAAAGUAACACAGUUGGUUUACUCACAAACUUCAUGUAUUCAGCAUUCAGGUAUUUUACAUAUCAAUCCAGUUACAGAUAGGAUUUGAAGUAGUUUCUCUGUGCAGGUAACACAGGGCAUCUUUCUUAUAAUCAACAGUCCAAAGUCUGAAGCAUCUAUCUGCUCUGAAAGUCUAAUAAAGUCUCUGUAGUCUG